GUUCUGAGUUCCAAUGCGCGCCCCCUGCGUUUGCGUGGCUACUCCCCCUUCGAGCGUACGUGCUCGCGCCACUCUAUCGCGUGGUGGGGAUCAUCCAUAUUGCUGCGAGUCCUGGAGAUAAGGUUUAAUCCUGAGCGGUUGUUUCUUUGUUUUUAUAUGUUUUAACUCGGCGCCGACUCCUCCGCGGCUUAAGCACGAGCUCUUGCGGUCCGGGAGCCACAGAGGAGCGGUAGAGCCCGCGGUUCGACUCGACAUUUUCCCCGAACUGAAGCCACAUUAGGGCCGGUGGGGGGGAGGACUAGUAAUCCUGAAGGGGGGAAGAAAGACGGUGGUGGGAAAUGGCCACUCAGGUGGAGACUCUCCUGCCCGGCAACCCGCUUGCCAAAGCCGAGGGGCACGGUAAAGUGAUGCGCAGUGAGCCGGAGAAGGAGGCGACGAAGCGGCCGGCGGCGGCUGUCACCGGCGACAGCAGCCCCGGGCAGGGAGGGACCACCGGCGCCGGGGAGCAGACCUCCAGACAGGCGACAGAGCAGAGCAAAGGCGGCGGUGACAGCGAGGAGCAAGCGGGGGAGGACGGGGGCAAAGAAAGCGACAAGAAGGAGUUCACGGAGGCUCCUCCGCCCAAGGUGAACCCGUGGACCCGGAAAGUGACGGCGGUGACGGUGGUCAGCGUGAACGGACAGGCAGAGUCGAGCGGCCCCGCCAAAGUGGUGCGAGCUGGGAUUCCACCCAAGGCCAGACGUGGAGGAAAGGUUGGAGAUUUUGGCGACACCAACAGCUGGCCGACUCCUGGAGAGAUCGCAACUAAAGACAUGCAGAUGGAGGCAGAGACACGGACCGUGUCCUGCCCGCCGACUGUCAGGCAGGUCAGAGACUCAUGGAGAAUCAGUGGUCCUAAAAAGACGAACGCCAAGAAGGACUCAAAGGAGAAGAGGGAGAGCAACGAGGAGAGCAAGGAGAACCUGAAGGCCAAAUCGGACGAUUCGGGAGAGGAGAAGAACGCAGACGAGUCGCAGAAGAACGGCCCGAAGAAGAAAGGAAACAAGCAGAAGUGGGUUCCUCUGAUGAUUGAGGUGAAGUCCGAGGGUCCGAGAGAACGCUCCGCCUCCAGGAACAACAGCCGGCAGAACGAGAACCCCCGGCUGCCUCCCAACGCCCGCAACGACCUCAGAGACUGGCACAGUCAGAAGUACGAACGGGAGUGGCACGACGACCACGAUGAGGUGUCCAGCGUGAAGAGCGAGGGGGCGCCGUUCCGGGGUGGGUUCAGAGGUCGUGGACGAGGCAGAGGAAGAGGCCGGGGCCGAGGAAGGGGAGGCAGAGGUCACUACGACUACCACUACACCUACAAGUCCUACGACGCCAAGGACGGCUCCUUCAGCCAGAAGUUCGGCAACUCCGUCACGUACUACUACGACAACAUGAGCAGCGCCGAGCUGUACUCUGUGGACCAGGACCUGCUGAAGGACUACAUCAAGAGACAGAUAGAGUACUACUUCAGCCUGGAGAACCUGGAGCGGGACUUCUUCCUGAGGAGGAAGAUGGAUCAGGAGGGCUUCCUGCCCAUCAGCCUCAUCGCCAGCUUCCACCGAGUGCAGGCCCUGACCACAGACCUCAGCCUCAUCCUGGAGGCUCUAAAGGACAGUAAGGAGGUGGAGGUGAUCGACCUGAAGAUCCGCAGGAAGGAGGACCCGGAGAAGUGGCCUCUGCCCGGCCUGGCUCUCCCCAACCACACGCACACCGACUUCUCCCAGCUCAUCAACUGUCCCGAGUUCAUCCCGAGGCAGAUGACGGGGGAGACCACAGGUUCCUCCAGAGGAUCCUCUCCAGUGCGGGCCAGGCCUGACCCAGACGCCUCCAACCUCAAAUCCAUGCCCAAAGGCCUCUCUGCCAGCCUCCCCGACCUGGACUCCGAGUCCUGGAUCGAGGUGAAGAAGAGGCCCAGACCGUCUCCUGCCAGACCCAAGGCCCCUUCGGCGCAGCAGCAGAAGGAGAAAGACGACUCUGUUCGAUCCCCGGUUCCUCCGCCCAGCACCUCGCCCUCCCGCACUACCUCAGGAAACAAGGACGGAGCCGAGCAGGACGAGCCGGAGGAGCUGGACUUCAUGUUUGAUGAGGAGAUGGAGCAGAUGGACGGACGCCGCAACACCUUCACCGACUGGUCAGACGAAGAAACGGACGGCGAGCUGGACGACCACGACGUCAACAAGAUCCUGAUCGUCACGCAGACGCCGCCCUACCUGCGGAAGCACCCGGGCGGCGACCGGACGGGACACCACACGUCGCGCGCCAAGCUGACCAGCGAGCUGGCCAAGGUCAUCAACGACGGGCUGUGCUACUACGAGCAGGACCUGUGGGACGCCCCGUAUGAGCCGGAGUACGCCACCAUCAAGCAAGAGGUGGAGAACUUCAAGAAGGUCCACCUGAUCAGCCGGGAGCAGUUCGACUGCCUGACCCCGGAACCGCCCGUCGACCCCAACCAAGAAGUCCCCCCCGGACCCCCGCGCCCCCAACAGAUCCCCACAGAUGCUUUGGCAAACAAACUCUUUGGCGCCCCCGAACCCUCGUCAAUGGCCCGCUCGCUACCCACAACCGUGCCUGACUCGCCAAACUACCGGACGCCACGGACCCCCCGCACGCCGCACCGGAAGGACCCGACCAUGACGCCGCGCUUCUACCCGGUGGUGAAGGAGAGCCGGCCGGUCGAUGCCAAGACUCCCAGGAAGAGGAAGACCAGGCACAGCUCCAACCCGCCCAUGGAGUGUCAUGUGGGCUGGGUGAUGGACUCCAGAGAGCACCGGUCCCGCACCGCCUCCGUCAGCUCCAACGCCAGCCCGUCAGAGGGCACCCCCGUCAUGGGCAACAUCGGCUGCACGCCUCAGUCCCUCCCCAAGUUCCAGCACCCGUCACACGAGCUGCUGAAGGAGAACGGCUUCACGCAACACGUCUACCACAAAUACCGCCGGCGCUGCCUGAACGAACGGAAGCGGCUGGGAAUCGGCCAGUCGCAGGAAAUGAACACGCUCUUCCGCUUCUGGUCGUUCUUCCUGAGAGAUCACUUCAACAGGAAGAUGUACGAGGAGUUCAGACAGUUGGCGCUGGAGGACGGGAAAGAAGGUUACAGGUAUGGUUUGGAGUGCUUGUUCAGGUACUUCAGCUACGGACUGGAGAAGAAGUUCAGGCCGGACAUCUUUAAGGACUUCCAGGAGGAGACCAUCAGAGACUACGAGGCUGGGCAGCUUUACGGGCUGGAGAAGUUCUGGGCAUUCCUCAAAUACUCCAAAACUAAGACUUUGGAGAUUGAGCCCAAACUGCAGGAGCACCUGAAGAAGUUCAAACGUCUGGAGGACUUCAGGAUUGAUCCGCCGAUGGAGGACGGAGGCCGCCGGAGACACCCGUCCAGCGGCGACGGCCGACGCAGACACCCUUCACAGACCUCCAGCCGGCCCCACAGCCAGGCGGGGGCUCACAGCCCCGCCUCCAAGGAGGAUCCCAAACCCAGCGGCCAGAAAGGCCCCGCCCCCACCGCCGAGCCCGAUGCCAAAACGCUGAAGUAACCUGGCAGAGACUCACGACCUCCAUGGAUCCGCUCAGCCUCGGCUGCUAGGCCAUGGCGCUUUGUGCGCCACAGGAGGGGAGGGGGGGCUCCUCACUCACGCAUGACACCCCCGCCCAGCAGCAUCGCUGAAAAAAAUACUUUUUUUUGGUUUUGUUUUUAGAACUUUUUAAAUCCGACAAGAGUUAAAGGAUGACAGUUUCUCCUCCACCCCUUCUGUCUUUGGGACCCCCUCCUCUUCGUCGCCACGACCCGCUGGCUAAAAGAGUUUGAUUCCCCUCCCAGAUGUCGGAUUACAGAUUUGCUCAGCCAAUGUGGGGAGGGAUACCCGGACGCCCCCCUGCUGGAGGCGCUCCGCCCUCCACAUCCAACUGGACCAAAGCGGUGUGAAGCCAGGAGCUGUGGCCGAAAAAAAAUAACACAUUUCAUUUAUUUUGUGGACGGGGGGGAACCAAAUAAAAACAAAACAAAGACUUGUUUGACCCCCACGCCAUGAUGGACGAGACGAUUGAGAGUUGCCUUAUUUAAUGGUUUUAGUGCUUCUAAGUCUGUACAGCAUCAGUUCCCACAGCGGCCACUAGAUGGUGCUUUUCUGCCAAACUCCCCUCCUUCCUGAACCGGUCUUCCAAACACGUCUGUUACGUUCUGAGGCUCCCUCAGCUUCCUCCGCGGGGCAGCUUGGGCCUUUUUAUUUUUUUGUGCUUAAAACAACGGAUCUUCCCUCUGACCCCCACCCCAACCAAGGAGGAGAAAAGACAUCCAUCCAUCCAUCCAUCAUCCAUCCAUCACCAGAGCUUUAGGGACUGGAAUCAUCAAUCUUAAGUACUUGAAGGGGCGACGGUGGCGAUGAGCUGCUUUCAUUUACAGGCGUGAACACUAACGAGCGCGGUCAGGUACAAACCCCAGACCGGAUUUUUUUUUUUUCUCCCCUCAGUCGUCCUGCGUUCAGGAGGAAAAUCCUCCCGACUCCCAAACUGAUGUCAGAUCGUGUCCUCCUCGUGUAAAUGUGAAUUGACAGAUGAAGAGAAAACGAUCUCAGCUCCCGUUUAUUGUUAAUAGAUCAGAUUCUAUAUUUGCCUUAAAUGUGUACGAUUUAUUUUUUUUCUUUCUUCGUUUCAGAUCUUUUAAUGCUUUUUAAUUUCAGCUUGCUGUGUUUCUAGUGCUGUUCUGCUGGAGGUGAGGUUUGAAUUUGGUUUUCACACAAAAGGGAAUUCAGGCAGGUGUUCGGGUUCGUGGACUUUCAUGUUAAAAAAAAAAAAAGAUGGUUAGAGGAGAAACCAAACAUUUCCAGGCGAUCAACCUCCAGCUUUCCCUCAGAAUGUGUGACGAGUCUGAAAAGUAUUUAGUUUUGGGGUUUGAAGUUUUGGAGAAAAUCUUAAGUCUUAACGAGAGCCGUUAGCAAUGAAACUGUGCCUGUUCGUCUCCAGUGUUCAGCCGUCGGUUACAGAGGCGGGCGCCGCCGCCGGUGUUCGAGGUUCUUCAGGUUCUGUCCUCCAUGAAAAUGCAAAUGGAAGCCGGUUGGUUUGCCUCAGCCUCAGAGGCAUCAGUGUUUACUGGACGGAGCUGCAAAAAAGAACUCCUUUUUCCUGUGAACAGUCGGACCUCUGAGCGAGCGCGAUGGACGUCUGAACGCUCGAGCCCCCCCACCUCGCCAGCGCUGACUUGCUGCUACGCGUCCGCACAGACUCUGGAAGGAGCCGGACCAGAGCUGGGUGUCGCUCAGAGGAACGCUGGUUAUGAUGUCUGGAGAUACAAAUUCUAAAAGGACUAAUUCCAUAAAGCCAUAAGAAUAAGAAAUAACUAUGAACCAUCCUAGUUCAUCACAUCCUAUUCUAGGCUUGUCAUGAGGAAAAAAAGACAAAAACGCAGAAAAAAGGAACAAAAAAAUAUAUAAAACGGAAAAAUGUAAAAUACUUGAAUGAGAUCUUGUAUAAAACAUUUAAUAUUCAUAAUAUCUGCUUUGUAGGCUGAUGUGAUUCACUAUUAGUGUUAUUUGUAAUUUGUAGUAAUUAUGCUUUUCCUUUAAUAAAUACAAAAAAAACCCAUAAAACGGACAAAAAAACCUGAA